UGAAUUCAACAUUAAGGAUGCACAUCGCCUGCUAACAUCUGGCUUAGUUCUGUGCUGGAAACAGUUCAAGGUUACUCCAUGUUUUUAUAAGUAAAAAUAGAAUUGUAUUUAACAGAUCUAACUCUCAUGAAUCCAUUUUUCUUUCCUUGGUAAUUCAAGGCUCUCAGGAUUCUCAUUCUCAUUAUAUCAUAGAGGCCUUGCUUCUUUUUGUUGGUGGGGUUGUUUGUGAAUAAAAGGCAGUGGAGUUGGCUAUGGAGUUAUGGAGCUAUAGAGGACAGCAGCCCUCACGUAGACACUGGGAGACUUCAGAGAAGGGAACAGAUGUUGCUCUGAUGCCGAUUUGUCUUAGAGUAAGUUUAAGUGAAAUGUUGAAGGUCAUGGAUUUUUGCUCUGUUUCAAAGACAAAAGCAAUUGGUUGACAGAGACAUGAAGAUACAUGACAGCUUGAUUCAUUUCUUUUUAGAUGGCUAUCAGACCUGCCAGUCAACACAAACUCUAAGCAUUAUAUCAUUAUCGCAAUAGUGCUUGUGGCUGCAUUUAAUUUACACGUAGUAGCCUAACCUGCUAUAUAAGCAUCUCCUGUUAAUUAACAAUGCACAGACAUCCCAUUAAGUUGGUAUUACAUUUAAUUUAGCAUCACAUUAUUUUUAUAUUGCCUAUUGCUCAUUCUUUCAUAAGCAUCUUGCAUUAGACAGCAUUUGUUUCACAGCAAAUUCAUUUUCGGUUCUGUAAUGAAUUUCAAAUGCACUACGCCCUUCCCCAUUCACAUCACUGUGUCCGUGUUUGAGCGAGCGUAGCGAACAGUCUCACUGAGACCCAAGUCAGUGAAAACCCCCUCUACCCUAGCCCCACACUCACACACAGUCUCACACACACACACACACACACACACACACACACACACACACACACACACCCUCUCUUCCCUGCCCCCCUUCACCCCGGGGGCUGCUUUCCUUUUUUCCCCACUUCCUGUCAGGUUGCCAUGGCAUCAGGCAAGGUGGCCCCAUUUCCUGCCGUCCUCAGAGGGGUCUGCGGGGGUUAGCGUCCUGAGCGGGACCGCGUGCGCUAAUGCGAUCAGACAGGCGUGGUGGGGACUGUCACACAUCCACAUCCCGGACAGACGGGGAGGGAGGAAGGGAGGUCUCGUGAGAGUCAAUUUGUGUGCCUUGGUUGAGAGGAAUAAGGGGACUGGAUGACAGAGCCGCUUUCACACCCUCCCAUCUUAGGUCACCUUGCCAUCUGUGAAGACUAAGUCACUGCUUGAAACAGUUUUAAAGAGGUUCACCAUGAAGAGAACUGUCGUCCGUUCUUCACUCUUCGCAUGGCUUCUGCUUGCAAUGACUCAUUGCUCCCUGGUGGGUUCCUUCUGCCCGCCGCAGUGCGUGUGUGAAACCCGUCCCUGGUACACUCCGCAGUCUGUGUACCACCAGGCCAAAACGGUGGACUGCAACGAGCUCCAUCUGAGCCAUGUCCCGUGGAAUAUUUCGGGAGACACUCAAGUGUUGCUCCUCCAAAGCAACAACAUUUCCUCCGUGACACAGGAGCUGCAGCGGCUGGUCAAUCUCACCGAGCUGGAUCUCUCCCAGAACCACUUCACCCGCAUCAAAGACAUCGGCCUGACUCCGCUGACGCAGCUUGUCACGCUCUACCUUGAGGAGAACCAGCUGAAAGAGCUUCCGGAUUACAGCCUCAAGGAACUGGUGAAUUUAGAGGAGCUGUAUGUGAAUCACAAUCAGAUAUCCUCCAUUGGCCCCAAAGCCUUCUCAGGCUUGGUGAACCUUCUGCGUCUUCACCUCAACUCCAAUAAGCUGGUAGCUAUUGAUAGCCAAUGGUUUGAAUCGCUUCCCAAUCUGGAGAUCCUGAUGAUUGGAGAAAACCCAAUCUUGGGGUUGCAGGAUAUGAGUUUCUAUCCACUAUCCAAGCUGCACAGUCUGGUGCUCGCUGGCAUGGGGCUUAUGGAUGUACCGGCGGGGGCAUUCCAAGGUUUGGAAUACCUUGAGAGUCUCUCCUUCUUCGAUAACAAGUUAACGGCAGUACCAAAGGACGCUUUACGCGUUCUCCCGAAUCUCAAGUUCUUGGAUCUCAACAAGAACCCCAUCACUCGGGUGCAGGAAGGAGACUUUCGAGACUUCCCCCACUUGGAGGAGCUGAGCCUCAACAACAUGGAGGAGUUGAUCGCUGUGGAGAAGGGAGCUUUCGCAAACCUUCCCGAGAUGGCCAAACUGGAGCUCUACAACAACCCUCACUUGUCCUACAUAGAUCGCGGUGCUUUUUUGGAUGUGGAUGGACUUCGCACUUUACUGAUCCACAACAAUGACAUUAGCCUGUUGCCUCAUGAGAUUUUAGGCUCUUUCCCCAACCUGGAUGAAGUCAGCCUUCACAGUAACCCACUCAGGUGUGACUGUCUGUCAAACUGGGGACCGGUCCUAGGCAACCAAUCCACACUCAAACUGCUCGAAUCCCAAAUCACCCUGUGUGCCUACCCUCCUCAUCUGAUUGGACGUUCACUCCAGGAAGUGGUCACAACCAAUUGGAAUGUGGUUAGCAACACCUGCCUCCCUCAGAUCUCCCUCCACACCUUCCCUCCCCAGCUCAAUGUGUCAGGUGGUCAACCUUUGACCUUAGAGUGCUGGGCUUUUGCUGACCCUGCACCUCAGUUCUAUUGGGUGACCCCCACAGGGGACAAGGUGACCUCCGAGGUCAUCGCAUCACAGAUGAUUAAUGGCAGCAGUGCCAAGAAGCACCGGCUCCAGGAUCAAGGUGCUUUGGAAAUCCUCCAUGUUGAGCCCGAGGACGCCGGUCUCUACACCUGUGUGGCGUGGAACGCUGAAGGAGCAGACACACGGAGCGUCAUGGUGUUCGUGGAAAGGAGUGAGGGUGGCAGCGGCCGACACAGCUUUGGUGGUCCAACCUUCAGGAACACCACGGGAGCUCUGGUUGUGCUGGCCAAGAUCAUUCACGCCCAGUCAGUGGUGUUAGAGUGGAAGCUGAACGCCCCCACGUCCCAUCUUGGCUACGAGGUCACCCAGCCUAAGUGGGUCAGCGCAACAAUGAAGAUCGACAACCCGCACAUCAGCUACUCCACCAAGGUCCCUGUGGAUGUCCAGGAGUACAACCUCACUCACCUGCUGCCCUCGACCCUGUAUACAGUGUGUCUGACCAUGGCGGCCACUGAGCUGCAGACGCAGCACUCCUGCAUUAACGUCACCACCAAGGAGGCCAGCUUCGCCGUGGAGAUGGUUGCCCAGCCGACCAACGUUGCCUUGGCAGCCGUCAUGGGGUCCAUGUUUGCCAUCUGCAUUAUGGCCCUGCUGGUCUUCUACAUGGGGAGACGCAUGAAGCAAAAAUCCUGCCACCACUCUCUAAAGAAGUACAUGCAGCAUGCCACAUCUAUUCCUCUGAACGAGCUCUACCCACCUCUAAUCAACCUGUGGGAAAACGAGACUGAGAAAGAAAAAGAGGGCUCAGUUGAUUCACAGAACUCACAGAUCGACACUUCAAAGACUUACAUGUGGUAGGUCGGACUUGCAGGGUUAGUUGGAAAAACAAAAAGGACGUUCACAAAUGGCUUAUGUAUUGUAUUAAAAAAACAUUUAUCUAAUAACAAAAAUGUCUUUGUGAACAAAUGAUAUAUGUAUUUUUAGACUGUAUAUCUCUUUUUUGCAGACACACACUUUGAGUUGAGCAGUUGCAUUUGCUUCCAGCUGUAAUGGAGAGAACUAGCUGUGAAACCCAUGGCCAAAAAUACACUCACGCAGCACAGAGAUUUGUAUUUUUUGAGUGACAUCGUUCCAUUCAGCAUGCAGAGCAUUUAUUACUUAUACGCUUACGCUUGUUCAUGGAAUUAUAUUUAUUUGUAAUUUAAGCGUUUCUACCAAAACAGGUAAAACUUGACUGCAAAGGCAGGUCGUCACAUCUCACAGGGGUAAAGAUGGUUCCAAAUCACUGUAUAGGACCCUUAGCAUGUUUUUGCAUGUUCUCCUUGUGCUCAUAGCCUACAGUGAGUCCUACCUUCCUUUCUUACCUUCUUUAACCUCUUCAAGACCACAAGGUGAUAUUUUGUACACUACACUUUUUACACUACAAUUAGUUUAUGACUAAUCCUGACAGCUGGAAACCACAAGCCAAGUGUAAUAAUAUAAGCAUCUUCAAAACAAUGCUCAAAAAUAUCAGGUGAAAUAAACAUAUGAUAUGCAAAAGAGAUCUUUCUCAUUUAUUUCUCUUUAAUUUGGAUCAAGUGAUUUUGAUUUGCCAUUGUCCAUCCAGCUGCAGUAUGAUUUGGCUAUAAUUAAUUGUGAUAUUCUAUAUUUGAUUGUGAACGUCAACAUUAGCUGCAUUGACUGAAAGUGGUAUUUUGUUUUUCAGUAAAUCUAUCUGGAGUUUCAUAUGCAGAUCAACUGAAGCACACCCAUCUAGACUGCUGCAUAUCCAAAAACGUAUUGCUAAACCAGUGUUAUAUAAUGUUCAAAAAUAGCUGUUAUCAUGUACUUUCUCAGACGGACUGUUAAAAACAAGGCACCCGCAGUAUAUGCUUAUUUUGGCUUAUUAUAUUAUUGGUCUCAGUUGGCUUUUUAUCCAAGCAUUAGAAGCUUAUUUUUGUGUUGUACUUUGUACAAAUUAUCAUCAUACAUAAUUUGAGAUGUUUUAUAUUAUAUUAUUUAUUUAUUUAUUUAUUUGCUUUGUUAUUGGCCUUCUAAUGUCAGUACUUCACACCUGAAACAAUUGCAUUUUUAUUACCUUUCAGCUGUAGUGCUAUGAAAAUGUCAUCAGCUUUCAUUUAAAAAUGCCUGUCAGGCACAUGUGCCCUCUACUGGUCAAACAUCCUGAUGUCCAAGAUAAACUGAUGAUUUGUUGUGACAGAAUAACAGGGUAUUUUAUAUUAGAGAAUCUAUUGUAAUAUUUUAUUCAAGUAAAGUAAUAAUCUACACUUGAUCUUUGUCAAAUAGUUGAGAUGUGAUGGUGUAUGCUGUACUUUUAGAACAAAUAAACAACCACUGCAAAUGUU